AUGCCAGGCGCAAAGAAAGGACCCGGAGCCGUGGCCGGACCACGCAGAGAUGUGCUGGCCUCGCUGCGCAUGGCAUCAAUGGAGGACAUAUCCAGAGCGGCUCUACCAGCAGAGAUCGUAUCCUCAAUUCUCGACCAUGUCGGCCCCGUUGAUUUGAUCCGAGCAGCGCGGUCAUGCAAGCUUAUGCACGAGAUGGCCGGAUGCGAGGAAACACGCCGAAGUGCUUUUGGAACGGUUGCCAACAUGGAAGCUGUGGAACAGCAAGAGGAAGCGGAAACGGGCGAUGGAAGCGUCCCCGCAAUUACCGUCGGCGACGACCCUUCGAACGAGUUGAACAAAAUGUCAGAUGGGUUCGAUAAGAUUGAUCUGGUGAACACAUCAUCUCAGUCCACUGCGCUGGAUGACCUCACUCAAGACCCUAGCUUGGUGUGUUUAAAACAGACCAGGUCGAUACGGGGCGAGGCUCGUCAAGAAUACGGCAAGAUCCAUGCUGCAUUGGCACCUUUCUACGAUGACAUUGCACGAAAUGGCCCGUCAGCCCAGAAUCUAGUCUUCACCAAAUACCCAGACCCCCAGGCGCAAGCCCAGCUCUUGGCCCAAUUGCUGUCAUUCUCGAAAUCCGAUAUCGAGCAAGGAUGUGAACAGCGCCACGAACACUUGCAGAGCACAGUCUCUUUGUUUGAGACCGCAGCGCUCAAAGAGUUCCGCCAAGGAUAUGAAUCCGAAGAUGUUGACGGAACUAUGCGGAAGUAUGCUCACAUCCUAUGGACCCUCAAUGGCGGACAAUCUGCACUCGAUAUUUUUAUCCAUCACAAUCAUAUAAUGACACGAAAGUCAGAUCUUGGGAAUGUGGCUGAUUGCAUUGAUGGCCAAGCCGGCACGGUCAAGAUGGAACAGACCCAGGCAUUUUUCACACGCCUCAGUGUCGCUUUCAAUGAUGAGAUCUCUAUCAUGAACCGUGUCUUUCCUCCUGAUCUGGACGUCUCAUCGAAGUUCAUGGAAAAGGUCGGACAAGAUGUGCUAUCCCCUUUUCUCACGGCAAUAUUCGACGAGCUGCAUCGUGUCAGCAUUGAAGCAUAUCUAACUGCGAUCUCUGCGACCUUUGUGCAAUGUAUGAAUCUAUCGGAGGCCCUGCUUCCCACAAAGACCUCAGAUGCCAAAUAUGACGAGUAUCUUGACAACGUUGUGAUCAAGAUCUAUGAACCGCAUAUCGAUCUGUACUUGGCAGAGGAGCUAGAUCAUUUCAAGAAAACGUGCGAGGCCACGGUGCGGGAUUGGGACCGGCAGCUUUCUGAACAAGCAGCGUCGACAGAAUCUUUCCUGAUGUCGAAUAUCAACAGGCAAGCCGACAAGCGAGACUUCCUCACAUCUUUCAAAAAAGUGAUCAUGAUGCCCGUGAACAUUCUCCCGAGUUUCUCAAGCGCGAAACCAGAGGAGGCGAAAUCAGAAACGGAGACCAGCAGUGAUAAUCCGUUCCAACCUCCCAAAAGCCCUAAUCGUUUCUCGACAAUAUCUUCACCUGCCCCAGUGGCCGUUGAAGAGGUCCCGACCACAGAACUGGCUGCAAAAGCCGCCAUUAUGAAAGUGAAGAUGGAGGGCAUUCGAUCCUUGUUCAGCAUCGAGAUUGCCCUUGGUCUAGUACAUGCCGCCAAAGCCAGCCUGGAGAGAGCUGCCCAGUUCGUUCGACUUGGCGGUGAGCUUGCGCUAGCAGCAAAGCAACAGUGCGAGGCGAUCUUCGUUACCCUGCUUCGCAUUUUGGGACACCAGCACGUCAUCGUAGGCUUCGACAAAGCCGUCAGCCACCUCUCCAACUACCGACCGCGCGAACAAGGUGAACGUGACCAGUCCGGUGUCGAGCCGCUGGUGACUUUCUUGGAAUUGGUCAACGUCGGCGAUCUGAUCCUGCAGAUGAUGGACGUGUUCUACGAGCAAGAGUUAAUCGGCUCAAGAUUGACCGAUCGAAACGACUUCUUGGAUCCUGCAAAUAAAGAGAAGAAGAAAUUCGAACAGAGUCUCGAUGAACGCGUCGCAGCUGGGCUGAAUAAGGGAAUUGAUGUUCUCAUGGAAGAAGUCGACUAUAUCCUAGCCACGCGCCAGCUAGCUACGGACUUUAACCCAGGUGUCUCCUCAGACCCGCACCGCCAAACCAUGGACGUCGGCGUCAGCGAAGUUGCCACCGCCGUGGUCGACGUGGUUUCCUCGCACACCCAGAUGCUAGUAGGAAGCACGGAUAAGAGUACCCUGGAUGUCUUCAAUCAGGAAGUCGGUCUCCGCCUCUUCACCGCCCUUUGCAAACACCUGAAGCGCCAGCGCGUGAGUGUCGAGGGCUCACUCAAGUUGAUCAGUGAUAUGAACCACUACUUCAAAUAUAUCCAGACUCUGAGAAACAGCGAGCUUCUGCUAUAUUUCACGGCGUUCCGGGAGCUCGUGCAGAUAUACUUGGUUGACCCGUCUGAUGCCAAGGAGCUGGCGAAUCUCAUUGCCGAUGCGGAUCGGUUCCAUGGCAUCUGGCGCGUGGAAGAGGUUAUUGAAUUUGCGGAGCGCCGUGCUGACUGGUACCAGGUCAAGCGUGAUGUUGAACGAGCUAUGUAUGGCAUUGGCUGCAAUGUUAUGUAA